GCUCCCCGCCCUCGUCGGGAGGAUAAAUGCUGACUCGGCGCCCGAGUGGCAGCGGCCAAGUUUGCGCUGCGAGCGCCGCGGCCGGGAGCUCGGGCACCCCCUGCGCUCCUCCCGCGGGGCCUGAGGCUGCUCCGCUCUGCCCGAGCCCUGCGCCGAGACUGCAGCCGCCACCGCGAGAAGCCACCCCGGCACGAUGUGGAAGGCGCCCGUGCUGCUCCUGGUGUUGGGGAGCGCGGCGCUCUGGGGCGCGGCGCCGGGAGCCAUCACAGUCCAGCUGGAAGAUGACCUUGUGACCCCAGAUGCAAGAGAUGGCUCGGCCACCCCGGCUAUAGAAGACAGCAUUGUGACCACAGGUACCACUGAAGAGUCCUAUGCCUCUGCCGGCCCUACAGCUCUGGUGCCAACAAGUGCAGAGGGUAGAACGGAGGUUCGCAUUGAGGAUCUGCCCACCCCAGAUGGCUCAGUCCAUACCCACAAAGAAAGCCACAGCACCGCAGCCCCCGACAUGGCAACUAGCCGCUCCGUAGAGAAAGCAGGUGAAGAGACGCAAACAACAGUUGAGAAAGAUGGCUUGGCCACGGUGACCCUGGUUGGAAUCAUAGUCGGGGUCUUACUGGCCAUUGGCUUCAUUGGCUGGAUCAUCUUUGUGGUUGUGCGGAAAAUGUCGGGAGGGUACUCGUAAGCCCUAACGCGCUGAGAGAUCCUGCCAUUCUGUCAACAUGUUGAAGAAGAGCUUCUGACGCCCCUCAUGCCCAUUCCCCCAGCUUCCGGGAGAAGAUGACCCAUGGAAUGCUCACCCACCCUGGUCAAAGUCCAUGGCGACCCCUCCACUUGCCAAAAGGAAGCACAAGCAAGAUCAUCCACAAGACUUGGCUCCCCUGAGCUUGAACCUAUUGAAACACAUUUUUAAAUAUAAAUUUUAUACAAGGUAAUUUACAGGACAAAAUGCACAGAAAGGAAGCACAACUACGAGACCCGAUCUGUAACCGAGACGGCAUCCUUCCGUGGGCGUUGGAGAUGUCCGGUUGUUCUCUGUUCUGUAAAAGUGCAGAGGAAUCUGGAAUGUUUAUGUCCUUGGAUCCAGUGCUCGCCAGUAAGUGGCACGGGAAUUUAGCCACUGGCAUCUGUUGACGUGCACACAUUCCAGGCUAGUUUGGCCUGUUCUUUACGAAUAAUCAGGCAGGGAGCCUAAACUUGGGUAAGACGUGAUAAAGCAGCUGCCUUUAGAAGGUUCAGAUAAACAUUUCAAAGCCAUCCCUGUAGAUCAUAAGCAGGAAGUCUACUUGGGAAAGGGACUGUGAUUCUCACUAGCUCCCCGAGCAUCUUCCAGGCCAUCGAGGAUGAUGCCAAGGUUGGGUCCCACCUGGCCCCUCCGCUUGAGUCCCAGUCAAGGGCCACGUUCUCUCUUCCCUGUGACGCAAAUCCUCUGGAUCAGCUGCUUUGUUGUGAGCACAGAGAUCUCGGCUCCAGAGGUGGAGGAAGCAGCUGGAUGCCCCAGGAAGCUAGAGGCUCCACCAUUCUAGAAAACAAGAACCUAGCUUGAUCCCCGAGCAGAAGGAAGCCCUGCGUGUACCUCUGACGUGGAAAGUAACACCCACCGGGUUUUUUUUAACCCUUUUUUCUCUCCAAGGAAAGUUGGGGAAAGCAAAACAUAAUCUUGUACAAUACUAAUUUUUUAUUAAAAAAAAAGCAGCUGAAUUUAAAGGUCUGAUUUAAAAAUAAAAGCAAUUCCGUUUUUGUGACAUACCACAUCUUUCAACAGGGUCAUACUAAAGGGCUCGAAAUAAAGGAGCACCUUCAUGCUCACUACUUCUCUCCCCGCAAACACACAAAUUCUUUUUCCUACCCAAGAGGUUUUUCUACUGACCAGAUGCUCUUUCAUGUUUGGGGUUGUGCAAUCCCAUGUCCUAUAAGCGCAGAAGAGUUCAUAAAACAGGAAAAAGUAAACGCUCUGUCGGAAGCACAGCCUGUUCCACCCAGUCUUUGCAGUCCCGUGUGGAUGUUAUUUUAAACAGCGCAUCCGCGCACUGUCCAAGUCCAGCUGGCCCACUGGGUUCUGCACUUGAACUUGAGCUGACUGAGGGAAGCAGUUAGGAGGAGCCAGCGUAGUUAAAUAGCUUUCCGUUUCAGCAUUCAGACUCUUGAACAGGCGUUAGGAGUAAUGCCGACUUCUCUCCUCUCUCUUCUUUCUCCCCGUGCCUCCCUCACUGUGAAAAAUAACAGUCCUUCCCAAGUCACACACUGGACCCCAUGCCUGCUGGGACAGGGCUCUGGGUUUCUUAGUCACACCUGUGUUGGUGUUCAAUGCAGUGUAGACACAUCUUCAAAUAAAAUGGAUGAUUGUGUA